GCAAUCCAUUAUAGUCGUCUUACGUUUUGAGACAGAGAAUCGGAAAAACCUGCUAAUGCUAAUAGUACGACAUCUCCGAUAGUCGCAUUUACCGUCGAAGUUACCCGAACGAGCAGAAUCACAAAUUGUCGAUUCGAAGCGACCAUGCGUCCGCGUUCAUAUGUGUUGCUGCUGGCAGCUUUACUGCCAGGCACAGCCUCAGCCGUUGCCGAGACGUCUGGUGCCGCGAGCAGCGACCCAAGUCCUCCGGGAAAGAUGGAAGAGUCGGUCUCCUCGCCGAUGCCCCCGCAAAGGAACAUGGACAUGCAGAGGCGCCUGCUGGAAGAAUUGAAAAAGCGUCUCCCAACAACUCCGAAGCAAGAAACUUUGCCGAUGUGGGUGGUCAACAAAUCACCUACCAGCGUCGCAAUCCAGCGCUUAGUUCCCACGCCGUCGAGGACCUCGGUUGUUGAGAAGAAGGCAGAGGAAAAUGAGAAGCAGAAGAAGACUGCCGAGAAGUCUUCUUGGACCUGGGAAACACGCGUGAUUCCGGCUGCCGUUGGGAGAAGUGCGAUUUUUCGCGAGACGCAGCAGAUUAAGCCGAACGAGGUUAUGCGUUUGCUGGUGCCGAAAGAACGCACUGGAAAAGAAAACGCGCGAAUGAGAAGCAUCGUCCAGAACGACACAACGCAAAUCAAUUCUUCUGCUGCAGGAGCACUUUAUUCAUCGACGAGUGAAAGUGGAGAUCCUGUCUCAGAAAAAGAAGAAGGGCAAGGGACGAUCCUGUCGCAGGUACUAAAUGCGACAAGACCUUCUCCUUUUCCACUGGCGACAGGAACCGUUCUCGAACCAAUGACACCUCCUGCGUCAACGCCGGGUCAAGAACAACAGGAAAAUUUGUUGCAGAUGUUUCCCUUUUCGCGGCGCAACAGCAGCCAUUUUCUUCUCGAAAUCCUGGAAAACGGCGUCGCACGGGUCAUGACGCUCGCCGACAUGUCUCGCGACGUGUACAUGACACACGCACGUCUGACCUCGGUCCACGAUUUCGCCCCGGGAAACGAAACUUCUGCGAAGGACGAGGCCGGAAGUGAUGAAGUAGAGCAGGAUAAGAAUGAAAUUAAUCCGCCAUACAUUUACCCAUCUGUUAACGCCGGCAAGAAAAACUCUAUUUCGCACGUGAUGAACAUCCUCAGGAAGGAACUCCAGAACAGCUCCAAGAAAAACCAAACUGCAGCAGAAGCGGAAAAGAAAUGCGAGGACCACGACGAAGAAGCACAACAAGCAGAAGAUGGCGAAGUACAAAGGCGAUCGUCAACAUCAAACAAGAACUCGGGGUCCUCACCAACUGGGGCAGGCGCAGGAAAUGGAACCGGUAAGAGUGAUGAUUUCAUUUCCACCGAGAACAAGACGGCCAGACCUCCACCGUCAAGCGAUUUUUUAUCUGCGUGGGCAAAAACAGCAAGAAACGGGGGAGCAAACGAAAGCAACGGGGAAUCAGUCAUACCCUCCCCAGCGAAGAAGGACGAAAUUAUUCCCGUACCAGCGCUGGGGAAAAAUACAAAAUCUUUGAUCUCAGCGGUGAUGAAGGACGAAAUCCCCAUACCGCUGUGGAAGCAGAAGCUGGACGAGGCAGAAGCAGCAAAUCAAGAUGUUCCUUUCGCAUUGCCAUCGUGGAUGGACGCGGUGCCCGAGCACCGGCUACAGGAAAUCGUGCGCCAUCUGGGCUGGCGGUUUUCCGCGAACCGGUCGACGGACUUUUUCAACAUGGAGCCAGGCGAGGGAACGUCCGACGGCGCCCCGAGCGACGACCUGGUUGUGUGGAACUUGAGUCCGGUGCCCUUCGAACUGGGCCUGAAAGACGGGUUAUUGAAGUACGUUGUCCCGGCAGAGACGAAUUUUACGAAAGCUUCUUCCAUGCACCGCAGUGAACGAAUCGGGAUGCUUAUCCUGAGUAAAAACGUCCCUACACCAGAGUCAGGAUGGGGAUUUUGCAACACAAACCUACGAGUUUUGGGAGUCACGCAUGACAAGUUGCACUCCGCAGUGUAGUGCAGGUUAGCAAGUGCAGCCGCGUCACAGAUUCAUCUGCUCAUCCUGUUCACAGCAUCACAAAUUCCAAAACAUGAUUGGAAAUGGCUCUCAUGGGGAUGCGCAUUACAAGUCUUCCUGUCUUUGCAAAUCUGCAUUACAAUUCUGGCGUGGGGACGUUUUUACUCAGGAUAAUGCUCCGCUUUUCGGCGUCGGCGGCGGGGUACGCCGGGAAAGAGAUGGUGUUGAGGCCGUUGCUGAGUCCCAGGCUUGCCAAAGAACUGCCCUUCGAGUUGAAACCGCUGUCGUUUGUGUACCCGGGCGAAAUGUUGCUGGUGGUCAUCUUCGAGACCGCCCGGGAAUUUCACACCUACGACGCCGACGACGUGAAGGUCCACCUGGCGGACUCCGCUUUACGAGGCAACUGCACGAUGCGGGCGUCGGAAGCGUUACGCAGGUCCAACAUCUCCGUCCCGGUGACUCGGCUGGACGACCAAGUGACGGUAUGCAGAGAAAAAAGAGCUGUCACAGUUUUUACACAUUGUGUAGUUGAUGCGAGGCAAGCAAGAAAGGCGACCUCUCUCCUAUGCCCCAAAAGCGUAGGAAUCUCGUUUCAUGCAUGUCUUCCCUUCGGAUCUCUGCAUUACCCUGCAGACCAAAUCUGUGUUGCUGAGUCUGCUAUAUUUGUGUAACUGUAACACACACUUUUUUUGCUUGGAUAGAACGAAGUAAAUACAUCCUCUGUGAUCAACACAACCUCGACCUCCGGGGACGAAGCAGCAGACGAUGCGACCGUUGAGAACAAGACGGAAGAAAUUCAAACUGCAUCUCUUCCCAAAAAUAGUUCUUUCGUUUUGGCUCGCGAAGCAAGCCCGCGCGACCUGUUGUGGGCGGAGCACCGAUUGUUCCAUUCGAGAAAGGCUCUCGCGCGGGGCGAGAUGCAGCCGAACGUGUUUAACCGGUGUUUAGUAAAAAGUGCGACGAUUCCGGGGCGGCCGAACUACAUCAUGCCCCCGCGGUUCUCCUGGCGUUGGUGGUUCCAAAUGUGGGCGCUGAACCCCUAUUUUCACCUGUGCACGCAAACCCCCGACUCCGAGUUCGUGCGGAGCUUUUCCCUGAAGUUGAGCGGAGAAUCGGCGUGGUUCGACCGCGUCUAUCCGGAGCAGAGCCAGCCCGCCGCCGAGGACGACCUUGCGACUCUGUGGGCCAAGUCCAACAUGAAACAGGGUGAGCUGACUGUGCGCGUCCUUCGCGAGGGCCCCGCGUCCGUGGUUGUUGUGGAGGACUUGGUGAGCGAGGCAGAGUGCCAGACGCUGCGGGAGCACGCGUUGAUCGGCGGUCCCCUGAAGCCAGCGGUGGUGAUGAAGGGUACCGGCGCGACGAGGCACACCCUGGACAAAAGCCGGCGGACUUUGGCGAGUCAGAUGUGCCUCGGCGCCUCUAUGAAAGAACAAUCACACUGCCUGAUGCAGGGGUCGGGUUUGAGCAACAGUAGUACUAAAGAAAACAGGAACUACACUUUAUCAAAUGUAAAAAUGUCUGGGUCUGGAAGAGUCCUGCUGUUUCUGCAUGACACGGAAGGUCUUGCAUGGAAGCUCUAGCAUCACAGGUUUCGAGAAGCUUCCGCAAUGCCGAAUCCGCAUGACAAAUCCCCCACUUUGGUGACAGAAAGUGAGCAGCUUUUGCUGCCUAUGCAUCAGAGAAUUUUGUGUGUUCUGAAAUGCGCAUCACAAGUUACAUCCUUCCAGACCCAGACAUUUUUACACUUGAUACACGUCGUACCAAAGCCAUCCCACGGACGCGACCUUCGUCUCCGUGCGUACCGUGCGGAAAAAUCCCCCCUCCCCAUAUUGAAAAUGUAUGUUCCUAAAAAUUUGUGAUGCUUAUUUGUGACCACAAAUCCUGCCUCUCUUGCAAGAAGGCAAAUGCAAAGAAUUCGCCGCCUUAUGGAGGCGAUUUGUAAUGCUGUUUCACGUACAUGAACAUGGCGGGCCUCUAUCAUGCUAAGUGCCUACAACAAAACACCCCUACGCAGGCUGAGGCUUUGCCCCCUGUAGUGCCUCACUGCAAGACAGGGCUGAUUUGUGUACCCAAAUCGAGAAUCAGAAGUCUCGUCUUGAUAUGGGGUGGGGGGAUUUUUCCUUCUGAUAGUGCGCGAGCGUUUGUUCGAGGCCGCGCGGAGGCUGACCGGGCAGGGCGACCUGUGGUCCCCGGGCCAGGAGCCGUUGCAGUACCUCAACUACCCCUACGGAGUUCUCAAACGUUGCAUUCUUAGCUGCUACAUAGAUUUCUUUGUAAUGCAAGAAUGGCAAUAAAAGUGCUGUGCAAGGCGGAAGAUUGCGCCUUUUGCUUUACAAGUUUGGCGCAGACUUUGAUUUUCAUGCUACCAAUCUAGUGCGUCGAGAACCUGCCAGGCGAAGCAGCUUGAUCCUGUAGAGAAUGUAUUGCAAUUUUGCACCAUGACAAACUCAUGCAGCAGUUCAGAAUGUAACAGUUGAGAACGCCAUAACCCCGUCGGCUACGAGUACAAGCCGCACUGCGACGAGGAGCACUGCAACGAUGUGACGAACAAGACCGAUGCAGACAACCGCCCUUUCCAGCUGGCCCCCAUCCGUCGCGUCACCACCGCGCUGUUGUACUGCGACAUCCCGAAACGGGGCGGGGCGACCGUGUUUGUGAACGACCACCUGAAAUUCACGCCGAAGAAGAAGGGCAGUGUCAUGUUCUUCAAGUACAACCCGGACCCGGGACGCAACACGAGGCAUGCUGCGUGCCCGGUACUGGAGGGCGUGAAGACCACCGUGACGCAGUGGAUGCGAACCGGCUUGCAGCAGGAAAAGGACCCCACCAAGUUUUACCAGUUUCGCAGGGAUGGACACGGCAAAGAGGGGGCUACUUCUUCGCAGAAACAAGAACUGUAGUUAUUGAGUGAGGGCGGGGGCGCUUGGGGUUGGUCUUGCGUCCAAUGUAUGAUUUCUGUCCGAAUGAAUGGCGAUGGUGAGGCACGCCAUUUUACAAAACCUGUGACGAACAGAGCUUCUUGAUUUAAAUGUUUCGAGUUUCCUUACACUUCUGACACCGCCUUUCGCUGAUACGGUAUGCUACGAAUCAACAGCAGCGACCAGAGAUUCAACGACUUGAGAACUCUUGACGCGGAACGCCUAUCGAUACUCGUUGCUAUAUUCUUUCCUCUCGUCUUGAGAUGCUAGGUAUAGCGUUAGUGUCCUAUGAAGAAAGUAUUGAAUCUACUACGCCAACAAAUAAAACGAACCUGUCUAAGGUAUCAAAUGAACGAACAGACAACCAAGAGAGAACCAUGAUGUGUCGAUCUACCUACUCUUAUCAAAAGAAAAAUGAACAAAUGUACUUACGUGUACUACCCCCCAAGGCAAGUAAUAGGCAGAAACUAAACAGAUGGAUGUGAAGAUACUGUACAAAAAAAAAUCACGAAGGGAGGAGUCGCACGGACUGAAGCAAGUUGUUUUGAGCACUGAAGAAAACUAGUUUGGGC